AUGAAUGGGCGAUCAGAUGUUGAUAACCACAUCGAUCAUUUACGAGCGGUGCUCGAGUGCAUGCGAACGAAUAAGUUGCAUGCUAACGCAUCGAAGUGCAUCUUUGGUGCAGAAGAGCUUCCCUUUCUAGGGCGCUUCGUUGGGAAGCGAGGCCUUCGAGCGGAUCCCGCUAAGGUGAAAGCCAUAGUCGAUUGGCCAGUCCCCAAGAACCAAAAGGACUUGCGUAAGUGGCUUGGCCUUGCCAAUUACUUACAUAAGUACAGUGCAAAUUACGCAGAUAUGGCUCGGCCAUCGUCAAAUCUCCUUAAAAAGGAUGUGGAAUGGUGUUGGAACACCGAGCACCACGAGGCUUUUGAAGCCAUUAAGGAGAGUCUCCUUCAGGCGCCAAUUCUGGCUUUGCCUGAUCCUGGUCGCCCGUUUAGCGUCGUAUGUGACGCUUCGGACAUUGCCAUUGGCAGUGCUCUGUUACAAAUAGAUGUCGAUGGACGCGAACGCGUCAUCGCGUUUGAGUCUCGUCAGCUGAAAGCUGCAGAGAAGAACUAUCCAGUUCAUGACAAGGAGCUACUUGCGAUGAAGUACGCUCUAGUGAAAUUCAGAGUACAUCUGCUUGGCGCCAAGCCGUUUGUGAUCUAA